GAGCAGCAGCUGGAAGAGGCAGAUGGUUUCUGAGCGAUGGGUCUCUACCAGCUGAUCGGUGCGUCGGUUCUGCUGACUCUGAUGACUCCAGAGUCGGAGUCACAACUCUCUGAUUGUGGUCAACCAGCACUAAACACCAGGAUCGUUGGAGGAGCGGUGGCUCCUGAAGGGUCGUGGCCCUGGCAGGUCAGUCUACAGACCUCGUCUCACUUCUGUGGAGGAUCUCUGAUCAACAGCGAAUGGGUGCUGACUGCAGCUCACUGCAUUAUCAGCAACAUAGGUUCAGCAAAACUGGUUCUGGGUCUUCAGAGUCUGACAGGAACCAAUCCAAACAAAGUCAGCCGGACAGUAGCACUGGUUAUCCGUCACCCUGGUUUCAGCAUUUCUACUCAGGACAACGACAUCGCCCUGAUAAAGCUCUCCUCAGCCGUAACGUUCAACAGCUACAUCUCGCCGGUCUGCCUGGCGGCGGCGAGCAGCACCUUCUACAGCGGCGUCGACUCCUGGGUCACUGGCUGGGGCAACAUUGGAUCUGGUGUUUCUCUUCCAUCUCCUCAAAACCUCAUGGAGGUGAAGAUACCGGUUGUGGGCAACAGACGGUGUAAAUGUAGCGGCUAUAAAACGACCGACAUCACUGACAACAUGAUCUGUGCGGGAUUACUGGAGGGAGGAAAGGACUCCUGUCAGGGAGACUCAGGAGGUCCGAUGGUCAGCAAACAAAAUGGCCGCUGGAUUCAGUCAGGAAUUGUGAGUUUUGGCGUUGGCUGUGCUCAGCCAAAUUACCCAGGAGUCUAUGCCAGAGUCUCCCAGUAUGAGAGCUGGAUCAAAGCCCAGAUCGCCACCAACCAGCCGGGCUUCAUGACCUACACAUCAACCGGAACCAACAGCGACCUCAGCGUCUCCUGCACUGGCGUGCCACCAAUUGUGUCCCCAACCACCACUACUCCCACUACUACCACUCCCAGUACUACUACUACCACUACUCCCACUACUACCACUCCCACUACUACUACUUCUCCUACUGCUACCACUACUACUACCACUACAGCUAAUACUACCACUACUACGUCUCCUACUGCUACCACUACUACUACCACUACAACAAGCACUACAAAGCCAACAACAAAACCACUGACUACUACGGCCUCAGCAGCAAUAAAACUCACAACAACCAACAUCAUCAAACCAACAACAAAAGCUACAAGUACCUUAGCACCGUCUCCUACAACGACCACAACAACCACAUCCACAUCCAGGUCUGUAGCCUGUGGCGAAGCCCCGUUAAACUCCGGUUCUCCGGAUGGAAGUUUGUCAUCAGAAGGCGAGUGGCCGUGGAUGGCAAGUUUGCAGAAGGGAGGAAAGCAUGUCUGUGGAGGGACGCUGGUGUCUGAGGACAAGGUUCUGACCAAUGCCAACUGCAUUCCAGAAGAUUCUGAUGGGUCUGAAUACACAGUGGUGUUGGGUCGUCUGAAGCAGAACGGAUCGAACCCUUCGGAACAGCCUGUUGCUGUGGGAAACGUCACUCGGAGCAACCUAACAGGUUCCAACAUCGCAUUGCUUCAGCUGUCAGAUAAACCCAAACUGACCAACUACGUCCGGCCCAUCUGCCUGGACAAAGGAAGAACCUUCCCAGAGGGAUCCACCUGCUGGGCUGCUGGCUGGAGCUCUGUGAAUGGAGGAGCUGAUAAAGUUCUUCUGAAGUUCCAGACCGAAGUUUUAAGUUGUGGGAUUGAUUCAGGAAACAACACCUUCUGUACCGGAGUGUUUACACAGCAACAGGGUUAUUCUGGCGACCCGCUCAUGUGUCAGCAGGAAGGGUCUUGGUUCCAGGUGGUCGUGCUCUCGUCCGCUGAAAUCUCUACCAGAUAUAAGCGCCAGGCUCCCUUCAUGUCCUUCGAGAAACUGGACCGCUUCCAGAACUUUCUGAUUCGCUCUCUGGGGUCGUUUCUGACUCCAGUCAUCAGAAACGGCACCAACAGCACCAACAGCACCAACAGCACCAACAGCACCACUGCCGCUGCAACCGUCGCCAUGACGACGAGCAGAGCGACCCAGAACCCCUUUGCCUCGGUGCUCUGCCUGCACCUGCUCCUCCUGGCGCCGUGCCUCCACCUCCUCUCAUAGACGUCCACCUCCACCUUUACAUGAUGUGGCGCACAAUCGAAUGUAAGCUGCUGCUCAGGGGGCAACCAGUCUGGUUCUGGUUCUGGAGGAGCUCCAUCAGCCUCUCCAUCCUCAGGAAGACGUUGUUGUUGCUGAGUCAUGUUUGGUUAGUUUGAUGCAGCAGAACCUGCUAGCAGAUGUCAGCCGGACUGAACUACCUCACUGUGCUGCGACGGACGUUUCCACCUGAAGCUACGACCUUCCUAAUGUUUACAUGAAUGUUUGCACUGAAAUGAUUGUAAGAAGCGAGCUUCAUCUGAUCCAAUCAACGGCUCUCUCAUGCUUUGAUUGCACUUUACUGUAAAACUGUAUUCAGAAAUAAAUUUGUUUUUCUCUAAA